AUGUCUCUAUGGAGCCGAGAUGAGGCACUGAUGUGCAAAGUCUUCCCAUCCAGCUUGGGAGAGACCAGACUUCGAUGGUUCGAUCGACUCCCCGCUGGAUCGAUUCGUAGCUGGAAGCAACUCUCCGAAGAGUUCUUAGCCAGGUUCGUCUCCAACACUAAGAUUCUGAAAAAGCAGGAUACACUGUUCGGCCUUCGAAAGGAGCAGGAGGAAACGCUACGCAAUUACGCUAGGAGGUACUGGGAAGAAUACAACGACCUGGAGGAAAAUGUAUGUAGCGAACAGACGGUCGUCUUGUCUUUCAAACAUGGCCUGCACCUAGAAAGUAAGUCGAGACAAUCACUUACCAAGCGCCCGGCCACAGCGUUAAAAGACUUGCGUGCCAGGAUUGAGCAAUACGCUUGCCUCGAAGACGAUCAGAUCCCCAUUGAGGUAGUGUCAGCAGAACAGACAGCUCAGCACAAGAAAAGAACAGAUCAAGGAGAACACAGAGGGAUCGCAGUGAAUGAAGUGGAUAAGUCCAAAUCCCACAAAGCCGUUGUGAUUGUGUUCAAAGAACCAAUUUAUCAAAUCCUGGAAAAGAUCAAGAGAGAGCCCUUCUUUGUUUGGCCGCCGAAAAUGUUGGGAGAUCCAACUCGGCGCAAUCAGAAGCUCAGAUGCACUUACCAUCAAGACAGGGGGCACAUGACUCAGAACUGCAGAGCACUGAAACAACACUUGGAAGACUUAGUAGCAGCAGGGCACCUUCGGGAUUACAUUGAUCAGGAUAAAGAAGUGACCGAACCAGGGAACCCACUACCAGAACCAAAUAUUGAGCAUCCACCUCGGCUGAUAAUAAAUGUGAUACACGGGACAGCGACUCAGGAGCCUGAGAAGACACUGAGAGGAGAUUGCUAA